AUGGAAAAUUGCCAUGUUCUUUUGGCGGUGUUUCCAUCGCAAGGCCAACUUAAUCCUUCUCUACAAUUCGCUAAACGUCUCGUGAAAAUGGGGGUUAAAGUCACCUUUUCCACAAGUUCUUCCGCCAUUAAUCGCAUGUCUAACCGGUCGGAAAUACAAGGCCUGGAUUUGGCUCCGUAUUCCGACGGUUUCGACGGCCAGUUCCAAGGCGUCAGCGUAAACGACUUCUGGGCUUCCGUCAAGACUAAAGCCUCCGCCGCCCUGGCCGACCUUAUCGCCGCCAAGAACCAGGAAGGCAAACCCUUCACCCGAGUUAUCUUCGCCACGGCCAUGGCCUGGGCCGGAGUGGUCGCCCGGAGGUUUCAGCUUCGGUUCACUUUGCUUUGGAUCCAACCCGCCGCGGUUUUCGAUAUUUACUACCAUUAUUUCACAGAUUAUGGGGAUUUGUUUAGGAAUUGUAGUGGGGAUCAAGGGGUGGAGGUUCCAGGGUUGCCGGUUCUGACUGUACGAGAUUUUCCUUCUUUUAUGUUGUCCAAAACGACAACAGAUGAUUUGGAUUGGGCUUUGCAGAGUCUGAGGGAUCAGAUUGAGGAGAUUAAGAAUGAAGAGAACCCAGAGAUUCUAGUGAACAGUUUUGAUGCCUUGGAGUUUGAUGCUUUGAGGGCUAUAAAGAAGGUGAGAAUGGUUGGGAUUGGGCCUUUGAUUCCUUCUGCGUAUUUGGAUGGGGAAGACCCUUCCGACACUGCGGUUGUGUGCGACUUGCGAGAAAAGUCAAGCGACUAUGUUGAAUGGCUAGAUUCUCAGCCCAAGAGCUCCGUGGUUUACUUGGCAUUUGGUAGCUACUCCGAUUUCCCAACCACAAUGUUGGAGGAGAUUGCUAAGGGGCUUUUGGAGAUCAAGAAGCCAUUCUUGUGGGUGCUUAGGGAGUUGAACACGGGCGAGAAGCCCGAGGAGAAGUUGGGGUGCAAGGAGGAGUUGGAGAAGCAAGGGAAGAUAGUGUGUUGGUGCGGGCAAGUGGAGGUUCAGCAACACCCGUCUGUCGGGUGUUUCUUCACUCACUGCAGGUGGAAUUCAAUCCUCGAAUGCCUGAGUUCUGGAGUGCCGAUCUUGGCGUGUCCCGUAUGGAAUGACCAGCUUUCUAACGCUAAGCUCGUUCAAGAUGUUUGGAAGUCGGGGGUGAGAGUGGGGGCUAAUGAAGAAGGGGUUUUCACAGCUGAUGAGUUCAAGAGGUGCAUAGAAUGUGUGAUGGGUGGAGGGGAAGAGGGAGAGGAAUUGAGAAAGAAUGCUAAGAAAUGGAAAGAUUUGGCUAAGGCUGCAACUAAGGAGGAUGGAUCCUCAUAUUUGAAUCUCAAGGCAUAUAUAGAUGAAAUGCUCUGCAGUCCAUAA